AUGACUGUUGCCAUAAAACAAUUGCGUGGUAAGAGGGAACUUCUUGUGCACAUAAAAUGAUAUUAUGACGUUCAUUUAUCAAUCGUCUCACGAGAGUCGCUUUGUUAUUAACCGCGACAUUUCGAUCGCUUACUGCUGGUCUUCAUAUCACAACAUUGUGCUGUGUUGUUUGGGAAAUACCUUAGCUGAUUUAGGUUUGGCUUCAAAGCUGACAGCAACGUCCCUUAGAAAAUUAAUUUACCCACUUUCAAACUUUAUCGCGUCUAUUUGAACCCGCCCACUGAUUUGUCAAAUGUUGGCGAAUUUUACUGGAGUAAGUAAGUAAGUAAUAACUUUAUUUAACCAAGGAAUCCUUAUCACUAAAAAGUGGUCUUCUAAAGAGCCGUGCACAUUAAACUAAAAUUGGAGUUGAAUUCUUAAGAUUUUUUCCUGGUUCCAAAAGGGAAAAGAAAAUUCGUCGGCGUAUGUUAACGUCCUCCUUAAAACUUCGCAUUAGGAGGUUUCACGUGGAAUGAAUGCUUUCAAGGGUUAGGAUAAGGCAUUUCUUCCGAGGAAGGCGGUAAAUUGUCUUAAGUGUCACGUAAUCAAAAUAACCCACCAAUAAUAGUAAUCAACGAUCUGCUUUCUGUUAAAGACGGUACAAGCGAAGAGGAAAAAAGGCAAUUCCUGGAUGAAAUAGAACUCAUGAAAGAGGUGGGGAAACAUCAGAACGUGCUGAGUUUCCUGGGCUGUUGGACGACAACGAAACCAUUUCUUUUGAUCAUGGAGUAUGUUGCUCAUGGAGACUUGCUUCGUUGGCUUCGCCGGAAAAGAAGUCAGGUAUUUCAGAUAAAAAAUAAAAUAAAAUAAGCUAUUGACCAUUUUAACGACGACUUUUUUCACCAAACGCCCACAUUUUCCUGCUUGAAUUCUGGUUUGAUUUUUAGACGGUUUUUGUGAAUACAUGAGAAUGCCAUACGCAAAAUUCGAGCUCAUCCACUUUUAUACUUUCGGUCGACGCCAUGUUGAAUUUUGAGCUCGAGUCAAGGGUUCUAAAGGAAUUGUGGACGAAAAUAUUGGCUUAUUUGAUUGGUUAAUGUUUUACAUUUGGCGUAUUAAUCCGCGUGCAACAAAAAGUGUCAGUACACACGUGGGAGCGUUUUCAAGUUCGUUCAAUUUGCCCCGGGAGCUUGCUCCCAAAUAUUCAACUGGUUAAAUAUCGUGGAGCAUUUUGCGGGUUGGAAAUUCUGCUCCCGAGGAUAAAGUAUACCCAUGAAAUCGUUGGUACACACGGUGGAGCUUUGCUCCCGGAGCGUGCCCCUGGAGCAUGCUCCGGGAGCAAAACCCCUCGUGUGUAUCGGCCUUAAUGGAAAGAGACGCUACAGCAGCUUUAAAUCGAGCCGGUACUCAGUACUUAUGUCGUGCUGCCACGUUCAUGAAUGUACAGUUAAAUCCCGCUUUACACACACCCGUUAAUAUGGACACCUCAUUAUAACAGACAGCUUGCUUGGUACCUGGGAGAAGAAACCCCUUACAUUUUCUCUAAAUUCAACCCGCUUAAUACGAACACUUUCUAUGCUCCCUCAGUGUCCGUCAGCGGGGUUUGACUGUAAGAUGCAGUAAUAACGUAUAAUGUUUAAGCAACAUUUAGAAAGUAUUUAAACUGAAAUCCAUUUUGAUAAAAUGGACGGCAUAGGCAACUUAUCUAUUUUCUGGCUGCUGUCGUAAUUACCUUCACAGAUAAGCAGUUCGACCCUGAGAAACGCAGAGGCCAGUUUGAAGAGCGAAGAAUUGUAUGCCGGAACAAGGAAACAGAGUGUCACUGUUCAUCUGGUAUGGAGCUACUUGGGCAAACUAACACAAUAAGAAAAACACCCUGUCCCAAUAACCACUACGAAAAACUCUAUGGAUGCUGCUUCCCAAAGAAACAAAAUUAUGCUUCACUGUGGGUUUACUUUCAGAAUGGUCUCUUCAUGCGUCAUGACAAGUUUAUGUGACUACCGUAAAUAGCUAAAGCUCUAGGAUCAUCGUCAAAAAAGAAAGAAAGGCUUCUACUUUCUACCCCCCCGCCCCUCGCCCAAUGUUAAACAAAACUUAAGUGUUUAUGCGCCUAAUUGUAGUGUUAUAUCCCAACAUUGCAUAGGGGGAAAGGGGGGGACGAAGAAAAUUUGGUUGAAAGGAAAACCAUCUUUCUUGAGGAUUAGAAUGAACUGCUUUAAACCUGAACAACCUACCCAACUGCUUUUAUCAGGGCUUGUAGAUUCGACAGAGCUACCACGCACGUUCGCAGGGUAAGAAGAAAAUACAAACAAUUUUCCCGCCCGAUUAGGUAUUCGCCGAGUCAUCUGGACUUUCUCGGGCGAGGGUCUGUUUCCUGUGGCUGUAUUUAUUUUCUUCAAAUCAAAUUACUUCUCUGCGUCGUUGAUUUAUUUCCCUAUUUCUCCGGACUAAGAUUUAUGGUGACUUACAGUUUUAAAUUAUAGCAGUGACCUUGAUCUUGCUCUUGACUUUAGUAUGGUGUGGCAUAGGAAAAGAAGAGUGGAAGACAGUCGGGUUUUGUGAGAGGUCAGGGCCUUCUAAGUCAGCUCUUUAUAAGUUAUACAAAGAAAAAAAUGAUACCGAUGACGAUGAAGAAUGUACAAUACCCAUUAUUGUAUUUUCCACAUUAACUGAUGUAAAGGAUCAAUUUGCUCUUGGCUGAGAUACGUCGCAAAAAUAGCAAAGUGAGGAGUACAUCUGGGGCAAAGAUGGUAAAUAGCACAUUUGCAUACGAAUCUACACCGGGUGGUAUAUAAGGGACAAAUGUGGCAUUUGUCAUCUUUGCCUCAGAUUUACCCUUCCGCUUUCACAUUAUUGCAAAAUAUUUGCCAAGAGCAAAUUUGUGCAAAUCCAUUUUCUUUUCGUCCAGUUGGAUGAGUUGGCAGAAAACACUGAGGACGAAUGUGACUACGACUGCGAAUCGUUCAUUCCAUUUGAUCUCAUGUCAUUUGCCCGGCAGGUUGCCCGUGGAAUGGUAAGGAAUGUUCUGUCGUUAAUUCGGUAAAUGCAAGUCGAAACUGAAUGAGAAAGACCUCAGAAACUCACCGAUAGCAAGUUCAUGAACAGAAAAAGUUGGUCUUAAAAACAAAGUUUCUCCUUGUGUCUCUAAACUCUCUUCUUGGUAUUUGGCACGGUUAAAAACUGUAUGUUAACAUUAUCCUGCUUAAUUGUUUGAACAUGCAACUGACUAAAACGAUCUGAGUGUUUAUUCAAAAACAGUCAACCAGGUUCGUGUCAACGCCAUUUUCGAUUUUAUAGAACAUUUUAACCCUAUUCAGACCGUUUUUAUUUCUUUUGUUGCUUUCUGCUCCAAAAUCGUUCAUGGUACGGCCACCAAAAUUGCACAUAAUAACGUAUUCAUCGCCUGAACGAUUGACAUAAUGACGUAAUGUCACGUCAUUAUGAUGCCAUAUUGUUGAAUUUAUUGGCGGAAUCCAAAUUUCAUCAAUUUUCUCCUCUCAAAGUAGACAUAAAGACUUAAAUAUGUGUCCGAUAAAAUCAAGAUGUUAACUAACACUUAUUAUGACGUUGUUUAUUAUUAAAGAAAGAACUGGAACCAUCUGCCAUCUUGGACCUGCCAUUUUGAAUAAAUCAAAUGUAUAUCAAUUUACCUAAAACAAAUUUAUAAUUAACUAAGAUAGUGCGCGCGUUCUGAUUGGUUAAAAACCUAUAGUUUAAUGUGCCGGUAAACUCAUAGAAAACUUAAAGUUAUUUUAUAAAAGCAAUAGACCACACUUUCUAUGGGUUUACCGGCGUGAUAACCCAUUUGGGAUGUUGGGAGAACACUCCAAAAGCUUUUAAAUCACUCGCCUUCGGCUCGUGAUUUACACGCUUUUCUCGUGUUUUCCCAACAUCCCGCGUGGGUUAUCACGCCGACAAACCCAUGGAAAAUGUGGUCUCUUGCUUAAAUAAAUGGAAGUAAUUGUGAUAGACUGAAGGAUGCAAAAAAAUCUGCAAGUUAUGAAAUUCUUGAAGAGAAAUAAACACCAGUACUGUUGAAAAUUGAACUCAUCGUCUGCCAUUUGCUCAUUCUGAAUUUUUCUCAUUUAGUAACUAAAUAACCUAGACUACAUAAACAGCUUUAAUCAAGUAAAGAUAGACAAGAAAAACCUUUUUUCACAGAAAUAAUGCAAAGUUUUGAAAUAUAUAGGCUGUUAAAACUCAGCUAAAACUCGGAUACCAUGGCGACGUCAAUGUUGACAUAUACGUCACGACGACUAGGAAAUGUUCCUGGGAAAGAUUUUGAACGGUUUUAACCUGUUUAUGUUUUUACAGAAGUAAAAAUGAGAUGUAAAUAAAUGCAGGUUGUUGACGCUAGAAGGAACUUCAUAAAAAACUGAAUUUAGGAAUCACUGGGAAGACCCUAGCCUGAGAAAAUAGGGAGCUUUAGCAUCGACGACGGCAACGGCAGCGAAAACGUCAGUUUUAAAAUGACUGAGUUCCCGUUUUUUCAUUCUUUGUCGCGUUUAUUCCAAUUUGCUGAAAAAAGGCAAGUGUAGGCGAAUUUCCCUGGAGUUGAUUUCUUGAGGACCGCACUCAAGUUUAGAGAGAGAAAAAGAGAUACGUCGUCGCUUGUUUACGUCCUCCAUAAAACUUGCAAUUAGGCAUUUUCACGGCGUAGUCGUGCAAGGACGGUGAAUGUUUUUUUACAAAAAAGCGUGAUGCACGUGCAAAGUUGUUGUUUUGCGUAAUAAACCUAUUGCUUUUUUGACGUUUUGGUUGCCGUCGCCGUCGUCGUUGCUAAAGCUCCCUAAUAGCUGACAUUUGGCGACGCCACCAUCCUUGGUUUCCCCAAAAAAUGACACCUGAGAAACGAGCGCAGAAAUUUCCAGAUCUUGGUAGUGCCUCUGAUAGGUCGUGCCGCGUGGGAAAUUUGCUAUAACCAAUCAGAAGCACUAUUCAGAUCUGGGAAGUGACGCGUCAUCAGUAUGGAAUUUCUGCGCUCGUUUUUCAGAGGUUAUUUCGCGGGAAAACCGGUGGUGGCUUCGCGAAUUUCUCAGGCUAGGAAGACCGUAUUAAGGCACGUCUUAAUCACUGUAUGCGAGCCAGUAAUGCCGCCUUCGAAAGGUCUUAAAGCCUGAAAAUGAAGGCUUGAUAUUGUAUAGAAGAAUUUAAAUACUUUUGGUUUAAGUGGUAGUUACAAAACAAACCUCAGAAGUUCUUGCUUACAAGAAAUCCUUAGUCCCGAAAUCAUUAUCUUAAGAAGCUCCAGCUGCCGGAUAAAGUCCAGUAAAUUAAAUAUGGGCAUUUUUACUACGGUAGAUUAAACUGGCAUCGGAUUAUCCUUUAAGUUAAUUAUUUGCAAUUUUCAGAGCUACCUCGCAGAAAAAGGCCUUGUUCACAGAGAUCUAGCCGCGCGAAACAUCCUUGUGGCACACGGUAAAAAGCUUAAGAUUGCUGACUUUGGUUUGAUGCGGGAAUUACAUCAUGGGAUGUACGAAGUGAAAAGGCAAAAGAGACUGCCGAUCAAAUGGAUGGCACCAGAAUCACUGUAUGAACAAAUUUUCAGUUGCAAGAGUGAUGUGUAAGUAAACAGUAUAACGUAGUCCACACACUACAGAGCAGAGAUUAGAUCAGUAAGAUCAAGGCUAACCCUAGUGAAGAAACAGACCUGUCGUGUUCCGUUCUUCCACUUUUUUCAUUAUUUUCACGCUUUUCUUCAUAUUUUGAAUGUAAACGGAUAACUGGGUAUGGUAAGAAAAAAGCCAAAAUACUGCACUGAUAUCAAGUGUGAAGCUGGCUUUUAACCUUAAGUAGCCGCAAGACCCCAUUUACACGGGUCCGGACAAAUUUUAGAACACACGGUUCUAUAUAGGAUUUUUCGUUUGGGGGAGAAGUCGCGAGUGGCCGAAGGCCACGAGCUUCCUCUUUUUAAAAGAAUAUGCACUGAGAUGCAAUCUGGUGUAUUUUGAGACCCAAUUGUGUCCUCAGACAAUGAUUACUUACUUCAUGUGUACUGACCUCGUCGCGUCUGGAUGAUUUUUCCGAUAUAGUUACUUAUAUACUGUAAUAACAACAAUAUUUUUUUUGGGGGGGGGACGGAGUGGGGAAGUUGGGCAUUUUGGGGCCCGGAGGAAGCUUCUAACCCUCAAAUACCCUAGAUAGAAUCCUGGAACGGACAAACUCUUGCACGGAUCCGCCUCUCCUUUACCCGGAACCGGCCAGGACCGGCGGAUACGUGCACGUCUUUGAACAGAAAAGAGUACCACGACUUGUGGUUUGUAUAAACUGGUUGCACAGGUAAAAAUUCGUCCGUUCAAAAUUUUGGCCGAAGCCGUGUAAUGAGAUAUGUCCAGAAAUGCACGCAUUGGCGAAAACGGCAGAAAUGGCGAUUAAUCGCCAAAAUCGCCAAACUGUGAACAAAAAUUCAAAUGAGAUGGCAAAGGGGCCCUUUGGAAAGUGGCGAUUUUGGCGAAAAUGGCGUAGUUGGCAAAAAUGGCAGAAAUGGCGACAGUCGCCAAAAUCGCCAAACUGUAAACAAAAAUUCAAAUGAGUUGGCAAAGUGGCCCUUUGGAAAGUGGCGAUUUUGGCGAAAAUGGCAGAAAUGGCGAUUAAACGCCAAAAUCGCCAAAUUGUAAACAAAAAUUCAAAUGAGAUGGCAAAGGGGACCUUUGGAAAGUGGCGAUUUUGGCGAAAAUGGCGUAUUUACAAAAGGGAGAGAAUGUUCGUUCAAGCCAACCACACCAAAUUUCAUGACCCACAGCUAGUCCACUAAUUACUCGAGGAGAGGCCCACCAAGUCCUUGAAAUGCUACUGACUAAUUCCUUACCAUGGACACUCUAACUUUUGAGGUUCGAUGUAGACCUAAACAAUCGACUGCGAAACGCCAGGAACCGUGCGUUUCGCAGUCGGUUUUGAUUUAAGCUGCCUCAAAAGUUAAUGGAACUGAUGAUAAGAGAAUUGACACCAAUGAGGAUUGUUUAGGUCUACAUCGAACCUCAAAAGUUAGAGUGUCCAUGGUAAGGAAUUAUUAUCAUUUCAAGGACUUGGUGAUUGUCUCCUCGAGUAAUUGGUGGAUUAGCUGUGGGUCAUGAAAUUUGGUUUGGUUGGCUUGAACGCAUACUCUCUCUCUUUUGUAAGACUUUGAAAGGAAUAAACCGUAAAAAAGCAAAUGAUGCUAGUUUGAUAUUUCAGCGCAUCCCAUUACCGCCUUGGUAAGUCAAGCGAGAUCGAAAGUAAGAAAAUGUUUACUUAACCUGUGAAGUACAUGGCACAAAUACAUAAGCUUAAGGGAAACGACUUCCAUUCGUUGUUUUCAGAUAUAUUUGAUUCAGUUGUAUUUGAUAAAUAUUACUUCACAGUUAAAUAAAGCCGUUUGUGAUAUAUCUGAUUCAGUUGUAUUUGAUAAAUGUUGCCUCACAGCUAUUGGGGCCUCUUAUUAGGCAUGUAAUUUGAACUUUUUUUUUAGUAAUGUUGCCUCACAGUUAUAGGGACGUCUUUAGUUAUUUAAUUUGAAGGGGCCACUUUUGGCAUCCAAUUUGAAUAUUUGCCACAUUCUGGAUAUCGCCAACCCCUUGGCGAUUUUCGCCAAAAUCGCCAGUCUCCUAGGGGUCGGGACGUUUAUCGCCAUUAUCGCCAGCCCUCUGGCGAUUUUCGCCAAAACCACUAAUUUUGCCAAAAUCGCCAGUCUCCAAGGGGCCUCUUUUGGCAUCCAAUUCAAAUCGCCAGAGGCUGGCAAUNGGCCCUUUGGAAAGUGGCGAUUUUGGCGAAAAUGGCAGAAAUGGCGAUUAAACGCCAAAAUCGCCAAAUUGUAAACAAAAAUUCAAAUGAGAUGGCAAAGGGGACCUUUGGAAAGUGGCGAUUUUGGCGAAAAUGGCGUAUUUACAAAAGGGAGAGAAUGUUCGUUCAAGCCAACCACACCAAAUUUCAUGACCCACAGCUAGUCCACUAAUUACUCGAGGAGAGGCCCACCAAGUCCUUGAAAUGCUACUGACUAAUUCCUUACCAUGGACACUCUAACUUUUGAGGUUCGAUGUCGACCUAAACAAUCGACUGCGAAACGCCAGGAACCGUGCGUUUCGCAGUCGGUUUUGAUUUAAGCUGCCUCAAAAGUUAAUGGAACUGAUGAUAAGAGAAUUGACACCAAUGAGGAUUGUUUAGGUCUACAUCGAACCUCAAAAGUUAGAGUGUCCAUGGUAAGGAAUUAUUAUCAUUUCAAGGACUUGGUGAUUGUCUCCUCGAGUAAUUGGUGGAUCAGCUGUGGGUCAUGAAAUUUGGUUUGGUUGGCUUGAACGCAUACUCUCUCUCUUUUGUAAGACUUUGAAAGGAAUAAACCGUAAAAAAGCAAAUGAUGCUAGUUUGAUAUUUCAGCGCAUCCCAUUACCGCCUUGGUAAGUCAAGCGAGAUCGAAAGUAAGAAAAUGUUUACUUAACCUGUGAAGUACAUGGCACAAAUACAUAAGCUUAAGGGAAACGACUUCCAUUCGUUGUUUUCAGAUAUAUUUGAUUCAGUUGUAUUUGAUAAAUAUUACUUCACAGUUAAAUAAAGCCGUUUGUGAUAUAUCUGAUUCAGUUGUAUUUGAUAAAUGUUGCCUCACAGCUAUUGGGGCCUCUUAUUAGGCAUGUAAUUUGAACUUUUUUUUUAGUAAUGUUGCCUCACAGUUAUAGGGACGUCUUUAGUUAUUUAAUUUGAAGGGGCCACUUUUGGCAUCCAAUUUGAAUAUUUGCCACAUUCUGGAUAUCGCCAACCCCUUGGCGAUUUUCGCCAAAAUCGCCAGUCUCCUAGGGGUCGGGACGUUUAUCGCCAUUAUCGCCAGCCCUCUGGCGAUUUUCGCCAAAACCACUAAUUUUGCCAAAAUCGCCAGUCUCCAAGGGGCCUCUUUUGGCAUCCAAUUCAAAUCGCCAGAGGCUGGCAAUUUUUCGCCACUUUUGCCAUUUUCGCCAUUGCAUGCAUUUCUGGACAUAAGUGAAACAAACGGACAAACAUACUAGACAAAUAAAACAAGGAUUUCUCUAACCAGACAAUGAUCAGUUAUGGAUUCACACUCCCCCCCUGAUUUAUCCAACAGUGGUUUUCAGUGAUGCUCUGUGAAUUUCAUUUUCUUUUCUGCAGAGGGUUUCGUGUCUCUGAAAUUGAAUAACUUUAUGAAGAGUUACAAAAUCCAUGCACACGGAUAAAUCACUAUCCACUGGAUAGCGCAAUUGGUUUCCCUAACACUUAUCCAUCGGAAAGUGAUUUAUCCGGUGGAUAGCGUUUCAAAUCCAACUUUUGAACAACUGGGGCCAGAUGUUAACGUGCAGGAUCUUGACAUCGAUGAUAGUGCGCUCAUAUGUUUUGUGAUUCUUGCAUUAAGUUGCUGUUGUUGUUUUUUCUUUUGAGUGCUGUUUUUUUCUUUUCGUUUUGAUAAAAUAUAGUUUGAAAACAAAUCUGAUAAAUUCACUAAUUAAAUGCUAAAUAUCAAAAACUUGAGAUAACCAUUAUAUUACUUUUUUUUCACAGUUGGUCGUUUGGAGUUGUCAUGUGGGAAAUAGCAACCCUUGGUAAUGUUACAAAAUGACAGGUUCUUUUUAGCAAAUCCAUACACCCACUAGGGAAAAAAAAAGUCAAGAGAGGUUGAAGCCCGCUUGAAUGUUUUGCUACCUUUACCAUGUUUUGCUACUGAUUAAGCGUUUACAAAGUAGUCCAUCGUGAGCUCCUCAAGAUAUUAUAGAAAACGUUGGCUAUAAAGAUCCUGGCAACUCGUACGUUAUUCAAAAUUGUAAUGUAUCGAUUUUAUUGUCUACCGGAAGUUGUGUUAGCGGAAGUUCUCGGUUACUGUAAACGUGCAAAGGAUCAUGGAUAUUUAUGUGGGCCAUGCUUUCCGGGUGUCAUGGCGGCCGAAUGAAGUGUAGUUCCUUUUAAAGUUAAAUCUGAUUUAUUACACGGCCAUCCGGGCGUCAUUGUUACAUUGGCGACGAGGAUUCAAUUCGUUUUGUGAGGUAGUGGAUGUUUUGGAAGUCAUUUGUGCGGAAAGUCCUCGUAUUUUGUCAGGAAGAUGACGGACGACAGUGGAACCACUUCGAGUACAGCUUCAAGUUCACAAGCUUCGCCAACCGCGACGUUUGUUCCUCUACUUGAUGUGGCCAGCCUUCCUCCCUUCAAUCCAAAGGAAGAUCCGAACACCCUUGCAGUUCGCUGGAAGUUGUGGAAACGCUCGUUCAAUCUGUAUUUGGUGGCAAAAGGGAUUACGAAAGAUGAACAGAAAACCGCAUUGCUGUUGCAUACUGGAGGGUUGAAUUUUCAGGAGCUUUAUUACACGUUAUUGACCGGUACGGAAAUCAAGCCGUUCGCAGAGAGUAUGGAGUUGUUGGAUAACUAUUUUGCACCGCAGUUAAACGUUCCAUUCGAAAGGCAUCAGUUUAGGCAAAUGGAGCAAGCGUCAGGAGAGUCGGUGGAUCAGUUUGUUUGUCGGUUGAGGCAGAAAGCGAUCUUCUGCGAGUUUGAAAAUGUUGAUGAGGCAAUAAGGGAUCAGCUUAUUGAGAGAUGCAGGGACCCCAGACUUCGCCGUAAGUUCCUGGAGAAAACAAAUGCUACUCUGAAGGAUUUACAAGAUUUGGCUCGUGUGCAGGAAGCAGUGAACAUGCAGGUCAAGGCUAUGGAUCAGUCAUCCGGUCAGGUGAAUGCUGUUUCCGGCAAACCUCACAGCAAAGGAAAAGGAAAAGGGACAGCGCAGGGUAGAAACAGAGGAAAUAAGUCUGGUAAACCGUCGGGUGGUUCUCAGGAGACAAAAGUAAGAGGCUGUUUUCGCUGUAAUUACACUGACCAUAUGGCACGUGACCCGAAUUGUCCUGCCCGUAGCAAGAAAUGUAAUGCAUGUGGCGAGAUUGGACAUUUUGCAGUCUGUUGCAAAACAAAGGAACGCAAACGUCUUACAAGGGAUGACGAGGGAAGGAAUAAUACACGGGGUAGAGCCUAUCAACUAUCAGAGGAUUCAGCCACUGGACAACAAGAUUAUUAUGCAUUUACAGUUGGAGUCAGUCAGCCUACAAGUGGUAGUGAAGUUGAUUUGAAGGUUGGAGGAGUGACGUUACCAGGGGUACUUAUUGAUUCUGGAGCGUCGUGCAAUGUGAUUGAUCAAGCAACCUGGGAAGUUUUGAAGAAGAAGAGUGUUCAGUGUGAGUCCAAGAAAUCAAGCAAAAAGUUGUUUGCUUAUGGACAGAAAGAUCCUAUUGAGGUGAUUGGGACAUUUGUGUCUGAGAUUGUGUGCGAGAUCAGUGGCAACAGUUGUGUGGACGAAUUCACAGUGGUUAAAGGUCCAGGAAGAUCUCUACUGGGAAAGAACACUGCAGAGAAGUUGGGCGUGUUAAGGGUCGGUCCAGAUGUGUGUUCAUUAACUGUUGAAGGAAGUGAUGCGGACAUCCGUGAGAAGUAUAGAGAGGUUUUUACGGGGGUUGGAAAGCUGAAGGAUUUUCAGCUGAAAUUACAUGUAAGAGACGAUGUCACGCCGGUUGCACAACCCGUACGGAGACUGCCAUUUGGGUUAAGAGCCAAGGUUGACGAGAAGUUGGAUGAGUUGUUAGCCAAAGACAUCAUCGAGGAGGUGUCACACAACCCAACUGAGUGGGUGUCGCCGUUGGUUGUUGUCCCGAAGACAGACGGUGACAUUCGGAUUUGCGUGGACAUGCGCAGGGCGAAUUCAGCAAUAGAGAGGGAAAGACACCCAAUCCCUACAAUUGAGGAAGUAUUGUACGACCUUAAUGGCUCAACUGUCUUCUCAAAGCUCGAUCUCAAGUGGGGCUUCCACCAGGUGGAAUUGGAUGAAAAAUCGCGCGAGAUCACGACGUUUGUUACACACCGUGGUUUGUACAGGUACAAACGUUUGAUGUUCGGGGUAACAUCGGCGCCUGAAAAGUACCAGAAAAUUGUGGCGGAUGUUUUGCAUGGUUGCGAGGGAGUGGCUAAUUUGGCAGAUGAUUUGAUUGUGCAUGGUUGUGGCAUAAAGGAACACGACAGGAAUUUGCAUGCUGUACUGACCCGAUUGAAAGAGAAAGGACUAACCUUGAAUGGGGACAAAUGCCAGUUUCGUCUUCCCAAGCUUACAUUCUUCGGUCAUGAUCUGAGCAGACAAGGUGUUGCGCCCAGUGAAGAGAAAGUAGCUGCCAUCUUGAACGCAAGCCCUCCACAAGAUGCUUCACAGGUCAGAUCAUUUGUUCAGCUUGUACAGUAUUCUGCAAAGUUUCUUCCCAACUUCGCGCAAGAAGCAGAACCACUCAGGAGCCUCCUGAGGAAGAAUGAGCCUUUCAUCUGGGGUGAAGCACAGGAAAGGUCAUUCCAGAAGUUGAAACAGCUAGUUGCACAGGCCACUACGCUUGCAUAUUUCAGAGGAGACUGUAACACACGUAUUAUUGCCGAUGCAGGUCCACAGGGUUUAGGUGCAGUGCUGACUCAACUUCAAGACGGCGAGUGGCGAGCAAUCUCGUACGCGUCCAGAAACCUCACUGAAGUGGAGCGGAGAUACAGCCAGACCGAGAAAGAGGCCCUUGCCCUAGUAUGGGCUUGUGAGAGGUUCAACAUUUAUGUAUACGGGCGCAAAUUUGAACUUGAAACUGAUCACAAGCCACUCGAGUGUAUUUUUGGCAGGCUUUCAAAACCAUCAGCACGUAUCGAACGUUGGGUUCUGAGGUUGCAGGGGUAUGACUACAGAGUUGUUUAUCGGCCUGGCAAAGCGAAUAUCGCAGACUCUCUCUCAAGACUCAAUCAAUGUAACCCUAAAGACACAAGUGGGGAGGAAUUUGACUUUGUCAAGGCAGUCGCUGAGGAAAGCUUACCUGUUGCCCUGACAGCGAAACAAGUCGAAUUGGUUUCUGAUAGUGACCCAGAAAUUGCUAGCCUGAGACAGUACAUUUUAAGUGGGGACUGGUCUCAAUGUAGGAUGACAGCUUAUGUGUGUGUCAAGGAUGAAUUGUGUGUGUUAGGCAAACUUGUUUUGCGAGGUACGAGAAUUGUUGUUCCGAAGGCUUUACGGGGAGAAGUCUUGCGUCUUGCCCACGAGGGACAUCAGGGCAUCGUAAAAAUGAAGGCACGUUUAAGGACAAAGGUUUGGUGGCCAAAGAUUGACUCAGACGCAGAGCAGGUGUGUAAGUCUUGUCAUGGUUGCCAAGUCGUAGGUGAAUUCCAGGUUCCUGAGCCCAUGAAGAGAGUGAAGCCGCCUACUGGACCCUGGCAAGACAUAGCCAUAGACCUGAUGGGCCCCCUUCCCACUGGAGAAAGUUUGCUCGUAGUCGUAGACUAUUACAGUAGAUUCUACGAGGUAGCGAUCAUGUGCUCAACAGCAGCUAAGAGAGUGGUGGAUGUACUGACACAGAUAUUCUCCAGAUAUGGAUUUCCAUUUACACUCAAGUCUGACAAUGGUCCUCAGUUUUGCUCUGCGGAGUUUGAGAAGUUUCUCUCUGAUCACGGAAUCGAACACUUAACUUCCCCACCGCUGUGGCCGCAGGCCAAUGGACAUGUUGAGAGACAGAACAGAACUCUGCUUAAGACUUUGAAAGUUGCUCACGUCGAGGGCAAAAACUGGCGUGAAGAACUGCAGAAGUUUCUGCUAGCAUAUAGAACCACACCGCAAACAAGCACUGGUGUUACUCCUGCUUUCCUUAUGUUUGGCAGAGAGUUGAAAACCAAACUUCCAGAGUUGAGGCGCGCUGGUAACCUGUUGGACGAGGGGGUCAGAGAUCGUGACUGGAAUCACAAGUUCGCCCACAAGGAACAUGCUGACAACAAGCGGGGUGCAGCCGAAAGCCCUGUAGUGCCUGGAGAUCUGGUUUUACUGAAGAACACGAAAACGUCUGGCAAGCUAGAAGCAAAUUUCGAGAGUGAGCCAUACACAGUGCAGACUAAGGAAGGCAGUGAGGUGACUGUUAGGUCAAAGGAGGGUGUGGAAUACAGGCGGAACAGUUCAUUUGUUAAGCGGUACAACCCACCAGGGGAAUCCCCAGAAGCCACAGAGGCCGCUUCUCAAGAAGCACCCAAUACUCUUCCACCGGAGGAGAGUAUAGCGACAUCAAGACCAAGGCGGACUGUCAGAAUGCCGGAGAAGUACAAGGACUAUGUACUUUAUGAACUGAACUCUGUUGACACGUUGGACUUAUGUUGAAAUCUGUUAGAUUUGAUUUCAUGUUAUUAGAUUUUAUUGAACAGUCUUAUUGAGAUAACUCAAUGCGAGCAGAUCAGUUUUCAUACAGAUUUAUUUUUCGCUGUUAAGUGCCUUAUUGACUUUUUCUCGUAGUCUGUUUGUUUCUAAAGAAAGGAAGGGAUGUAAUGUAUCGAUAUUAUUGUCUAUCGGAAGUUGUGUUAGCGGAAGUUCUCGGUUACUGUAAACGUGCAAAGGAUCAUGGAUAUUUAUGUGGGCCAUGCUUUCCGGGUGUCAUGGCGGCCGAAUAAAGUGUAGUUCCUUUUAAAGUUAAAUCUGAUUUAUUACACGGCCAUCCGGGCGUCAUUGUUACAAAAAUGACCACCAUCUUGCAUUGUACUGAUAACUUCGAUUUAUGCAAAUAGUUUAGAAACCAGAUUACAGUGUAGUAGGGGGCUCCUGAAUCCCGAGUGCAGUUUAGGAACUAAACUGCUCGAACUCUGUUAUUAGUCUCGCUUGCAUUAGCAGCAAGACUCAUAAUCUGCAAGCCCUUUUUUCUUUGUAUUUAGUACACAAAAAGGCGGUUGUGUUCCCAGGUGUUCCUAGUGCAGACCGUGGAAACUGGGACUAAGAAUCAUUGCUUGACCGAAGCCACGCAUGUUUUGCGACGAAAAAUUAAGAAAGAUUAAAUUUAGAGCUUUUCUACAAGAGGUCGGUCUAUGAAUUCUAUCGCUUGAAAGCGUCAAUUAUUUUGGAACUAGUACACACUACAGUGGUCGAAAAAAAAAGGAAUAAUCUUCUUAAAAUUAGCAAAACCGGGAUGGUCGGGUGUUGUAAACUUUCAUUGUAUGCAAAUGGGUCUUGUGAUGAGCAUGCGGUUUAUUUAAUUUUCGGCGAUGAUUGAAAUGAUGUGCCAUGUAAAUCACUUUUGUGAUCUCUGGCAAUGAUGUAAUUUUUCUGGAAUCGAGGCUGUUGUAUUUUCGUUUAUUUAUACACGCGUACAGCCUGUGACCGCAGAGGUAUUUCCGGUCGUCGCUAACACGCGUUCUAAAUCAAUUCUUUAGCGAGUGAAUCCUGUUUCGUGAAGAAUUAAUCACCUCCUUACUUCAAGUAAGCGAGACUUAACGCCGCUGUAAGACCCUUCUUUUUUAAAAAAUUUUCAUGGCUUAUAGAGUUAAUACUUUUCUCUUUUUUCUCUUUUAACCUAAAUUAAACUGUAAUUUAAUCAAAGGGUAAGUAAUUAGUUUAACUAUAUCCUGCCCUCUCCAUUUAUUCUUGUAACCUGAUAUUUAAUUCAGUCUUCAAAUAGCAUCUUCAUCUUCAAAUCUUGUAAUACAAUACAAAUGGCUUGUAGAAUAAAUAAAUGGAGGAAAAAAUAAACUAAACUGAAACUAAACUAAGGAAACAGUGUUUCUGGCACAUUUUCAUUACUUUUCUUUGUUUCGAAAAAACUUCUAGUCUUAAUCUGGUAUAAAAUUAUGAAGAGUUAAUCAAUGCGUAAUGACUAUUCCGGGAAUAAUCAAUUUUUCGUCUAUACUUUAUAGGUGGUUCGCCGUAUCCGCUAUUAAAUAACAUCGAUGUCAUGAGACGUCUAAAGACAGAAUACCGCAUGGAAAAGCCCGACUUGUGCCCUGAUGACCUGUAAGUUUUUUAAAAAAAUGUUGACUAGCGACGGAAAAAAGGAUUUUUAUCCCCUUUAUCUUUCUUGUUGGUAGUUCACUGAAAACUCCAUUAUAAAAAAUAUAUUAUACGUAGACUGGACUAUAUAAUGAUUUAGUAAAAUCCAACUAAAGGUCUGUUAUCAAUGCUGCGUUCUGAUUGGUUGAGCUACUACUGGGCUAUAUGUUAUAGCCCACCAGUAGCGAAAAGCGUUGGCUCUGAAAACCAAAACUAUGGCGGCUGAAUCGCGUUUUGCUAGCUAAUUAUUUUUUUAUUCUCGAUAUUUUUGACCAACUAGUUGGAUUUUGCUAAAACAAUUAUUGCUCUUGCCUCCAUCUGCCUCUGAGUCAAUAGCCCAGUCGGCCUUCGGCCUCAUAGGCUAUUGACUCAGAGCCUAUUCGGGCUCUAGGAAUUACUGUUAAAUAUUUUUUCGAGAUCGCAAAUGGAAGUCUCGUGACAAUGAAGUCAAUUGGGAGUACCUCCAGGCUGCAGUGCGCCAGUGUGCGACGCUUCACAAAAAAAUUAUUACAGCAACUCUUAGAUAACUUGGAUUUCUCAGUAAUUAGGGUAUAACAUAAGUGUCGACUGAAGACUGGAUGUUUAAUACAUAAAAAAGUUUGCUACUUCUUGGAUGUUUCCGAAAGGUUUUUUAACUCUUAGUAUUCACAAUUAUCCCCCACACAUGCUCCACGGUUGAACUUGCGUGAUUUAAAAAAAUGAAAAUAUACAUGUAGAAUAUAUAUAUAUAUGGGUUAAACGUAAAGCAUGAGCUCGUGGGUUGGUGUAUGUGUACCCCUUGCUUUGAUUUACUGGUAAUUCGUGAUCCACCUUCCCCUCGCAUGUCGUGGUGGAACUGCUGUGUGGUUCCCAGCCAACAGCUCCCACUUGUGUCUUGUAGAGCUGGCGCUUGAUAGACUCCUUUGCACUCACCUCCACAGUAAGGAUUUUUGAGACACGGGUUUUCCCAGUUCAUUAACCCAACGGCUGUGCCACGCUGGUGGGACCCAAUAAGGGCGAAAAAGCUGUCUGUGGUUGCCACUGCCCCUGAAAUCUUUGCUUGUUGGCACUUAGCGAUAGCUAUAACUAGUAAUUAUGAUAAUAAAAAAAUGUAAUUGUCAGUGCUCCUUUAUAAAAAAAUUUCUCUCACAGUCCUUGAACUGCCCUAAAGGUCAAGCCUGUUGGGCUUUACUACUUGUCUGUCUCUCUGGGUCACAUAUGGGGUUCCACUGCUCUCUUUGGGAAGCUGGGAAUGCUGCUCUUGGGAUGGUGGAUCUGGCAGCACUGCAGGAGGUGCAGCUUGAUUAGACUCUUCCUUGGCAACAGUCAGGUUUGCUCUGUUCUCUAAUGACGGUUCAGGAUCUAUCUCUUGUUCCGGGGCGGGAAAAACUCGUAGAUGCUGUCUGUUACGGCGGUAGUUUCUCCCGUCUUCAGUUUGCACUACAUAAGAUCUUGGGGUGUUGUUGGAACUUGCUACGGUAGCACACAGAGAGUAAAUAAUGUUCUCCACGAAAUUCAAAUAAAUCUGUUCCGAUCUUCUUCCAAGGAAGUGAUGGUGGAAUAGUAGGUUUCAGAGGCUCUCAGGGCUGCUUGUUAGCGUAGUUUGCGCACACACCAUAAUUGGUCACCAUCUGCUCAAUGUCCACUGACCGACAUUCCAGGCCAAAAUAGCACAUCCCGGGCUCUCUGUCUGCACUUGACUUUCCUAGAUGACACUUGUGAAUCCGACGAAACAUUUCAGCUCUCAUGCUUUUUGGGACUAUCAGGCGAGUUUCUUUGAAGAGAGAAGCCCAUCUGCUGUUGCUACUUUAUCUCGAAAUGACCAAUAGGGUCUUGCUUCGGUAGGAACUUGCCGCUUAGUAUCUGGCCACCCAUUCGUCACCAAAGUACGAACUGCCUGCAACUCAGCAUCGAGUGUGGUUUCUUUUUUGAUUGAUUCUUCAUAUCGCUCCUCCGAGACAGAUAGGAGCAGGUUUAUUUCUUGAAAGGCCUCGAAUCCUUCCUCUUCAGCACUUGGCACAGCUGCUCUUCUUAGGGUGUCUGCUACAAUUUGUUUAUUCCCAGGAAUGUAUCGGACUUCGACAUCUUCUCUUUACCUUUAAUUCGUGGACGCAUUUGUUUUGGACGUUUCUUCUUUUCUAUGGCAUUCACUGUUGGGUUCACCCUUCGAUAGUUUUUUCAGGCUGUUUAAAUUCUUUUCGUGGUUUCGACCAAUUUCAACUGCUUUUUCAAGCGUCAAUUCUUUGGCCAAAUCGAGACACUUUUCGCGAACUUUUGUGUACUUGCAGCGGAAAAAGAUCGCAUCACUAACCAUACGCUCCUCUUCUUGAUAGUCACAAUCUUUGACUAGAAUUUUCAGAUCUGUCACAAUGGAUUCAAAACCCUCGCUCUCUCCUUGGCUUCUUUCACUGAAUUUCAAGGCAGCCAUAAUGUGCUUUGUUUCUAGGCGCGCAGUACUCUUGAAACGUCUGCAGUACUACCUUCAGUUUCAAAGCGACUUCGGGCUUUGCAAAUGCGAAUCCUUCGAAUACAUCUAAUCCUUUGUCACUAACCCACAACUUUAAGUAACUUACUUUGAUUGCGUCUUCUUUGUCGUGCAGCGGACCAUCAAAGAUACAAGAGGCUUUCCGGCAAAAACGACGCUAUUCUUGGUGUAAGUCUUGUAUGGUCCACGACAUGUCCGCAUUCUUGUAUUUCGCCAUUGUCGUCGAAUUUCCACGCCCUACACACGAAAACACAAUCGAUCGACCCCGUCCUUUUUCGGGGAAAUGUCAGCUCGAUGGCUUGUUCUCUCCGACACCAUGUAAGAUAAUAAGCUACUCAAGAUGGCUGACAGUGAAAGCAUGUUUAUUCCCAAAGUCAGUCACUUGACAUAUAAGAAAUGACUUGCUAGGGAGGGGAAAGUCUUUGACGCAAUACAUUUAUAAUGUUAUAUAACAGAUUUCGAUUAAGAUCAAUCUGUUUAGGUAUCCGUCUUUAAAACGCUUAAAAAAUAUUAGGUGUGUCAGCAAAAAUUACCUGUCAGAUAAAAAGGACACCUAAAGUUGUUUUUCUUUGAAUGAUCAUGUUUAAGGUAAUUCCCUUGUUUUGCACUGCGCACCCUCUACUGCGCAUAACAUUGCGACAUCCAAGAUGGCGGCGGUUCUUCCCACUAGCAGAAAAAGAACAAACAAGGGCCGCUUUUGCAGAGCUAAGCAAUAAUAAUGCCGCAGAUCGGCUGACAGCUUCCUGGUUUGCUAUCGAAAAACAAGAAAAUGAAAGAAAUGUGCGUGAUCUGCAGUGGUUUUUCACUUCGCGGCCGUCGAGUUGAGGAGUUAUUAAAAUGUCCUGGCUGAGGCUUUGGAUUAUGGGGGCUGUGAAGCCUGUGGGACAGCUCUACGGCUCUCCAACUGCAUUAACGAGCCAGUAUCUGGCCUGUGAUCUCUACUGUACAUAUGUUGUUCAAACUCCGAGAGUGGAGAGACGAAUAUGUCUGGAACAAAUAAGACACACCGUAGCAGCAGAACCACGCGAGGGAGACCAGUCUUUGAUGUAAAGCGAACAUAUGAAGAAUAGGAAUCAAUAUUCUUUUCUUCAAGUUUCUUUGUCAAGCAUUAUUGUGCAAAAGCAAAAACAUCGAACCCUAGCUCACUGGAAUUAAACAGAACGCCGGCGCUAUAGCAUAGUCCAAGAUAAAGAUUCACAACUCCAAAAUCUCAUCAAAUCUUGACUUACCUCAUUCCUUGAUAUUUAAUGUACUAUUUUCAAGUUUGAAUUUCUGUGUUGGAUAUAUCAAACCCCAUCUUUUUAUUGCUUUUUUUUAAUGUUCAUAUCAUGAAUAUUGAUUAUGCCAAGUUUCAAAAAAAGUUUGAUAGUAGAAAAAUUUCAAGGGAAUUGCCUGAAACGCCGAACACUUACUUAGUGGUGGCCCGGCACAACGAUGUCCGUAUUGAAGGAAGAGUUGUAUAGAUAAGUAGCUGUUCCGAUAGCUGUAUAGCUAUUUAAAGUCUUUUACUUUAUUAUAAUUUAGAUAUGGAUCGAUUUAUCUUUAAAUUUGCCGGGAAAUAAGAUUAUUUUACGUAAUUAUGACGAACUAAAAAGGCGAGGAAGCCACUGAGGAAUCACUGAGGCUUUAUAAUACAGCUAAGCUUCCCCAACUUAUGAUAAUUUGUAAUUUCACGUAUAAACUUUAAAAAAACGUUUAUGAUGUGAAAGCCUCAUGGAUUCUUUAGGGAUAUCAAAAGACAACAUCGACGAUUAAAAAUAGGCUGCUUUUGUCCCUAUACUUUCUAGAUAUUCCUUGAUGAAAGACUGCUGGAAACAGAACCCUGAUGAGCGACCGAGUUUUCCAGAAUUGGUUGAAAGAUUAGAACAACUGAUGCUUCAGGAGGUGGAAUAUUUAGAUUUUAACUUGUUGGACGAAACUAAAGAUUACUAUCAGGUGCCAGCUGAGUCAAAUACGGGGGAAAUUGACGACGAGGAGAUGUCUUUUGCAUAGUACUCC